CCCUGUCCCCAGGCGCCUCUGCAUCCUCAAGGGGAUUUACCCCCACGAACCCAAACACAAGAAGAAGGUGAACAAGGGCUCCACGGCCCCCAGGACCUUCUACCUGCUCAAGGACAUCAAAUUCCUGCUCCAUGAGCCCAUUGUGAACAAAUUUCGGGAAUACAAGGUGUUUGUCCGGAAGCUCCGGAAGGCAUACGGGAAGAGCGAGUGGGGCACUGUAGAACGGCUGAAGGACAACAAACCCACCUACAAACUCGACCACAUCGUCAAGGAGAGGUACCCCACGUUCAUCGAUGCCCUGCGGGACCUGGACGAUGCCCUGUCCAUGUGUUUCCUGUUCUCCACCUUCCCCCGCACCGGCAAGUGCCACGUCCAGACCAUCCAGCUGUGCCGGCGCCUGGCCGUGGAGUUCCAGAACUACGUCAUCGCCUCGCGCUCCCUGCGCAAGGUGUUCCUCUCCAUCAAGGGCAUCUACUACCAGGCAGAGGUGCUGGGGCAGCCGAUCACCUGGAUCACCCCCUACACCUUCGCCCACGACCACCCCACAGAUGUGGAUUACCGGGUCAUGGCCACCUUCACCGAGUUCUACACCACCCUCCUGGGCUUCGUCAACUUCCGCCUCUACCACUCCCUGAACCUGCAGUACCCCCCCAAGAUUGACAGCCAGGCUGAGGAUGAGCUGAAGCCUGCGGAGGGCAAGGAGUAUGCAAUGGAUUCAGAGAGCUACCUGGAGAGGCUCUCAGCUCUGAGCGCCAGCCUGGCCCGGGUGGUGGCUCCAACCCACGAGGAUGAGGUGGAGAUUGAUGAAUUCCCGGUAGAGGGGGAGACAGCAGAGCUGAUGGAUGCCAAGAAGAAGGAGCAGGAGGCUCUGGAGAAGCACAAGAAGCUCUUUGAGGGACUGCGCUUCUUCCUCAACAGGGAGGUGCCCCGGGAGCCGCUGGCCUUUGUCAUCCGGAGCUUUGGUGGCCAGGUGUCCUGGGACAAGUCCCUGUGCAUCGGUGCCACCUACGACGCCGCCGACCCGUCCAUCACCCACCACAUCAUCGACCGGCCCCGCGUGGACAAGCAGGUGGUUGGCAGGUACUACCUGCAGCCCCAGUGGGUUUUUGACUCGGUCAACGCCAAGCUGUGCCUGCCCGUGGCUGAUUAUUUCCCCGGGGUCCUGCUGCCCCCGCACCUCUCGCCCUUCGUGACAGAGAAGGAGGGUGACUAUAUCCCUCCUGAGAAGCUGAAGCUGCUGGCCCUGCAGAGGGGAGAGAAUCCAGAUGAAGAGAGUGAAGAGGAGGAGGAGGAGGAGGAGGAAGAGGAAGGUGGCAAUGACAAAGAAGAGGAAGAGGAAGAUGAGUCUGAAAAAGAAGAGGAAUUGAAAUUACAGAAGAUGGAAGAGCAAAGGAUGGAAGAGCAGAAGACUCAGAGCACUGAGAACAAAAAGGUGCUUCCUGUGAAGGUGACAGCAGGGAAGGUGUGGGUGGAGGACAAGCAGCGCCUGGAGCAGGAGCAGCAGAGCGAGGAGAAGCGCUUGGCCAUCAUGAUGAUGAAGAAGAGGGAGAAGUACCUCUACAAGAAGAUCAUGUUCGGGAAGAAGCGCAAAAUCCGCGAGGCCAACAAACUGGCUGAGAAGAGGAAAGCCCACGAUGCAGCCCUCAAGGAGCAGAAGAAGAAGAGCAAGAAGGCGCGACAGGCGUGACCGGGC